AUAAGUUUGCACCUGAACGGAAACAUGUUGCAUGGGAGAAUUCCUGAAUCUUUGAGUUCUUUGCGGCAGAUUCAAGAUUUUGACCUCUCUCGUAACAACUUGUCUGGAACAAUUCCCGAUUAUUUGCAGAAUUUCACCUUCUUGCUCAAUUUGAACCUAUCCUUUAAUGAUUUUGAAGGUGAAGUAGGAGUUUUCAGGAAUACAAGUGUGGUUUCUAUUAUGGGAAACACACGAAUUUGUGGAGGUGUACCUCAGUUAAGAUUGCUCAAUUUUAUCUCUAAUCGAUCCAACUCAAAUAAGCCAAAAUCAUUUUCUAAGUAUAAACCAAUUAUCCCAUUUUUUUGUGGGACAAUUGGAAUGAUUAUCCUAGGGGUGUGCUUUGUACGCCUCUAUAGAUCCAGAAAAGAAAGAGUUGAGCAAAGAAAAGCAAGAGUUCAGUCAACUUCAGAACGAUCAUUGGACAUUUCAUUCUUAAAGUUGUCAUAUGGAGAUCUCUUUCAAGCAACUGGUGGGUUCUCUUCUUGGAAUUUGAUUGGGGCCGGUAGUUCUGGUUCUGUGUUCUGGGGAGUUCUCGAUCAGCCAAAAGAAAGAAUUGUUGCUGUCAAAGUACUCAAUCUUCAAAACGCGACUACUUCUAAUAGUUUCAUAGCUGAAUGUCAAUUCUUGAAAAACACUAGGCACCGAAAUCUUGUCAAACUAGUGACUGCUUGCUCUAGUAUUGAUUUUCAAGGAAAUGAGUUCAAAGCUUUGGUUUUUGAGUAUAUGAUGCAUGGAAGUCUAGAUGAGUGGCUGCAUGAUUCAGCUGACAGAGUAGUUGAGCUACCCAUUGUGGAGGUGCAUUUGAAUCUUAUCCAAAGGGUAAAUAUUGCCAUUGACGUAGCUAGCGCUUUGGAUUAUUUGCACAAUUAUUUUCACACCCCAAUAGUUCAUUGUGAUUUAAAGCCCAGUAACGUUCUCUUAGAAAAAGACAUGACUGCCUGUGUUUGUGACUUUGGUUUGGCAAGUUACCUCCCGAACACUUCUUGUCCGGUUUCUUCGCUAGAACGCUCUUCCAAUUCGAUAACGGGUACCAUUGGCUAUAUUCCCCCAGAGUAUGGCAUGGGAAGUAAGGUUGACACCUACGGAGACGUGUAUAGCUAUGGAAUCCUGUUACUAGAGAUGCUUACUGGUAAGAGGCCAACAGAUGACAUGUUUACAGACGACAUCGACUUGCACAAUUUUGUUCUGAUGGCUUUGCCUGAACGUGUGAAAGAAAUAUAUGAUCCUGUGCUUCUUCAAGAAAAGGAAAGGAGCACUAGUACAAAUCCUGCAAGCAAUAGGAAUGAUGUCCAAAAUGAUGAAACACGAAGAGUUGAAGAGUGCCUUAUUUCCAUUGCUAGGAUAGGAGUUGCUUGUUCUGUGCAUUUGCCCAAAGCACGAAUUGAGAUUGGGAAAGUUUUAGCUGAACUACGUGUAAUCAGGGAUGUACUGACUGGAACCAGGAUGCCUAGAGAGCACAUGAUAACUGCUUAAGGCCUUAGCUGCCAAUGAUACAGUUGGUUGCUGGAGAGUCCAACAUAGUGUGACGGACAAACCAGC